CUAGAAUGAAAGUGGUUUGCACAGAAUUUUAUUCCUGAAAUAGGCUUCAGUUUUGUUGUUGGGAAACUGGAGAUAAGUUCAUGUCAGUGUUGAAUGUAAAUUUAAAUUAUAUGGCCUGAAGUAUUUACACAUUCCAUUCGUGUGGUACUUUAUUAGUUUAUGUGAUAACACAACAGUUAUUUUUGAUCGGUUACUAAAAAGCUAUCUGGAAAGCCUAUGGUCAUGUAAUAGAACCGAUUGGUUCUAUUACAGUAAGAAAAGAGUUCCAAUAAUGCCCAGUAGAUGGAGACAAUAAACCUGUGGAUAGGUGCUCAUUCAAAGAUAGGCUAGAUGCUGUCCAAACACCAGCCGAAAGCUCACGGAGUUCGCAUAUCUCCGGCAGGAGUCGGACCCUGGGAAUGCAGAUAAGAUACGCCUGCGGUCUGGAAGGGUAGCCCUGAGAGACGCACCAAUAACGAAAAACGUGAACACCGGAGACUGAGCAAGUUUUGAGGAAAGAUAAUAUAGCGGCAGCGCUGCAUAUUGGACGGAGACAAUUUUACUGCAAUUCAUUCCAAAUUCAGCGUGAGGAAAUAUGAAGAACAUGAGAAUGGCAGCAGUAUGGGUACUGCCGCUGCAGACAACCCAGGGUGGUGGGCUUGUCGGAUGAAGUGGGGCUGCAGAGAUACAGUGCGUUACCUCCGUCGUACACUGCACACCCCACGCUGGCUGGAUGCAGGGGAGAAGGCACUCUGCAGUAAGUUCUAGGUUGCGCUGUGGCGCGAGUGCGAGCCCUAGCCCGAGCGCGAUGUUUUAUGGAUCCUCCGCCAGCAGCAUGUCUCUGCCCUCCAAGAGCAAGCUGAAGAGGCAAAGCCGCACCUUCACCCAAGUGUUGUAUCGCACCCUGAGCUACCGGGACCGCCGCUCUGUCACCAACCUCCCGGAGCAGGUGACGGACGACCCGGCCGAGCUCUCCACCCAGACCUCCGCCCCCGGGGUGCUGAAGAUCUUCGGGGAUGAGAUCUGCGCGGGGGCCAACUACAAGAGCGUGCUGGCCACGCCGCGCUCCAGCGCGCAGGAGCUCAUCAAGGAGGCCCUGGAGCGCUACUCCCUGAACAAGACGGCCGCCAGCUGCUACGUGCUCUGUGACGUCAUCGGUAAGUUCGAGGGGCCGGAGAAGCACUGGCGGACAGAAUGCCUGAGGGCCCUGGGGGACAACGAGAAGCCUCUGCUGCUGCAGGACCUGUGGAAGCCCAAGGAGGGCUUUGCCCGGCGCUUUGAGCUACGGAGACGGGUGGAAGUGGAGGAGCUGGCUGCCAAGGAGAAGGACACGGUCACUGCGGGAGUCCACAAAAACUCCCACAUCCUAGCGCCUCCUAUGGGUAGAGCUGGGUAUAUUAAAGCGCGGAGUUCGCCCCACGGCCCGCGCUCGGUAAAGCCCUCUACUGCUAGUGUUAAAGAUAUCAAUGCCCAGGCCAGGAAGCUGCAGCGGAACCGGGCGAAGGGGACCAUGACCCUGACCCACGGGUCCAGCUUCUGCCGCAGCCUGAGCGAGACCAGCCUCAACCUGGUGGGCGGCCCCGGGGACGAGCCCAAGAGGUACUACUCUACCCUGCCUGGGCCCCUGAGGGGGCGGAGCAGCAGGGAUGGGCUGCAGGGGGGACACAGGAAGGAGGAGAGAGAGAGCGGUGGAGUGCGCCACUCACUCUACCAGUCCCCACACCUCCUGCUGCUGCAAGGAUACAAUCGACAGGACUGCUUGGUGUACCUGCUGAACCGGGAUCAGCACACGGUGGGGCAGGAGACGGCCUCCGCGCGCCCCAACAUCUGCCUGUCGUCCCCGGACAUCCUGCCGCUGCACUGCAAGAUCAAGAAGGUGCAGGUGAUGCGGCGCUUCAGCGCGGCGGUGGAGGAGCGGCUGGCGGUGGAGCCGGUGCCGCAGGCCAGCGUCCUGGUCAACUUCUCGCGCGCCGAGCGCACCACGCACCUGCGCCAUGGGGACCUGCUCUCUUUCGGCGCGCACUACAUCUUCCUCUACAAGGACCCCGUCAGCUCCAAGCCCCUGCCCGCCCAGACCCUGGCCCGCCUGCGGACCCUCAACCAGCUGUGCGAGGCGGAGGGCGAGGCGGCCGGCGGGGCGGCGGGGCACGCCUGCCGCCUGUGUGGCUCUCUGAUCAGGGACAAGCUCCCGGGACGCCGGGACGUCCGGAGCGCCAAGUCCCACCUGGCGAAAACCCGCAGCCUGCAGAAGAGGAAGCUGCAGUUGGACUUCGAGAAAGGCCACGAGGACGAGCUGAUCAGCAGAAUUAUGUCCCUCAUCGAGCCAGGUGGGGAUGACCACAAGCUGACCCCGGCCUUCCUCCUCUGCCUGUGCAUCAAGCACUCAGCCUCAGCUUUUGAGCCAGGGAGCUUUGGGAAGCUUCUCCUAAAGAUUGUGAAAAGGAUACAGUCUAUAGCUUGGGAGAAGACAAAGGAAUUGGCUCUGAAGCAAGCUCAGCACCAGGACCCUGCGUCCCUCUCUCUGCUCAGUAUCUCAGACCUGGUCCCUGACCUGCAGCUCAUCUUUUUCUGGAUGUCCAACGCCAUCGAGAUUCUCUACUUCAUCCAGCAGAAGUCCCCAACCUACAUGCAGAGCAUUGAAAAGCUGGAUUCUAAAGGCUCAAAGGAGUCCUUGCUCUCAGCUACGAUAUCAGCCAAUGAAGAAGCUAUGACGGUCCUGGAGGAAGUGAUCAUGUACACAUUUCAGCAGUGUGUCUACUACAUAACGAAGUCUCUGUAUGUGGUCCUCCCCGGGCUGCUGGACUGCAACCCUUUCCAGGGGGAGAACAGUGACCCCUGCUGGAGGGGGACGGGACCGCUUCCAGAGCCAGUUCGGAAGGUUCUGCAAGUGUUCCAGACCACGCAGGAUCUGCUGCAGCAGUACGAGGUCCAUCAGGAGAUUCAGUCCCAGAUGUUUGCUUACCUCUUCUUCUUCUCCAACGUCUCGCUCUUCAACCAGCUGCUGGACAAAGGCCCUGCUAGAGGCUGGUUCCAGCGCUCUCGGGUGGUGCAGAUACAGACGUGCUUAAGGAUGGUGCUGGACUGGGCGGGGAAGAUGGGCCUGGCUCAUCUGGCUGACAAGUUCUUCGCCAAACUCUGCAGCACCAUUCGCAUCCUGGCCACACCCACCCAGCAGCUGAUGCAGAUAAGCUGGAGGGCGCUGUCUGUUGAGCACUCCACCCUCAGACCUGUGCAGCUCCAUCGAAUUCUGACACAGUACCAGCUGGCUGCAGAGCUGGGCCCUGUCGCCCUGUGGCAGCCCAGCUCUGAGGAGGAGGCCCUGAUCUACAGGACAGUGGACCUGCUGGAGAGUUUCGAGAACCACCCGCCCAUCGUGCUGCCCAGCAACGGCUUCAAGGUGGACUUGGAGUCGGACACAGUGGACGACAACAUCUACAGGCAGCUGCUCUACGUGCGCCAUUUCCUGUGGGGCCUGAGAACCAGGUUGCCCGCCACCAAUGGCAGCGCAGACUGGCAGGAGCUGCAGAGGGAGCAGCCCCCGUCCCACAGCAGCCCCAGGGCGGCGGUCCCUCAGUGGGAGGGCGAGGCGGACGGCAGGGUGUCGGUGGUGUCCAGCCUGAGCGCGGGGUCCCGGGACGCGCACGGGGCCGAGGAGCGGCUGAGGGAGAAGCUGCAGCAGGCGCACGCCCACAACAGCCUGCGCCGAAACGGCUCCCUGCGCCCCGGAGCCCAGCCGCCGGACUCCUCCUGCCUGCUCACCCCGCCCAACACCCCGCUCUACCCCGACGCCGGCCCGGCGGAGCACCACCAGCUCAACGGCUGCGGCAGGACCCCGCCCGACCUUAAGAAGAUCAACGGCUUCAUUUCCAACGGAAUGGAAGGCAGCAUGGGUGGGUCAGGCUUCCCCUUCCCAGUCCCCUCCACUAACGGCUCAGCCGCUGACCAUUUCUGUUCCGUGUUUGUAGUGGAGCUGGACAAGGGGCCCUUCGGACUGGGAAUGGGCCUCAUUGAUGGACUGCACACCCCGCUCAACACCCCCGGGAUCUACAUCCGGACCCUGAUCCCCGACGGGCCGGCAGCGUCCGACGGGCGGCUCCGCAUCGGGGACAGGAUCCUGGCCGUGAACGGGACCAGCCUCAUCGGAGCCGACUACCAGAGCGCGGUGGACCUCAUCCGGCUCGGAGGCGGGCGGCUGCGUUUCCUGGUGGCCAAGUCGGACCUGGAAAUCUCGGAGAAGAUCAGCGCCUCGUCGUGCUGAGCGACGGCGGGGGAGCGUCUCCGGGGGCGCCCCGCUCGCCCGGGGAGCUGAGAGAGAGAGAGAGCGGCAGCGAGGACCCCGCCCCCCUUCACAGCACAGGCAGUCACGCCUCACUACCUUAAACGGAGCGCCCGCUCGCACACAUUUGAGUGGAGCGCACGUGACCUCUACGAAACGCGCCUCAAGGUCACACUUGGGCUUUUCCUCUAACCUCCACAUUAGACCGGUCACCAAGGUUAAACAACAUUUAUACUAAAACAGGUGCUGCACAAAACUCACACGUUAUCGACUUUAUCUGUUAAUAUCCCAUAACAUUAGCACCAGGCAUUUAAAAAAAAAAGAAAUAUUAAUAUCAUGCUUCAAACUCGGUCAAACCCUGGAUGCAUGAGAUUUGUGUAAAACUAUUUAAAAAUCAAACAUUUUGUGUUCUGAUAUUUGCCCCAUAAUAUUCAAGCAAUUAACAACUCAGGAAUGUAACAUGAUUUACCUUGAAGCUGGGGAAAAUGCGGUGGUCAUCUCAGUCAGACGGGUUAGCCUACAGCCAGCUAAACGAAAUCUUACAGGCUCUUACAGAUCGCACUGUACACAACGUGUCUGUGUGCUGGCAGAUACGUAUGCACCGUUACAACUGAAAACGUGGUUGUGGUUGAAAAUGCUGCAGUACACACUUAAUAAUUUAUUAAAGGUAACACCUCCCGCCCCCCUAAUGGUGUCAAGCACAUUUCUGAUGUUACAUGGAGAUGUAGAUUUACCAGCGUAACACUGUAUACUACCUUCCGGGUAUAAGAUAUGCUGCAUGGGAACUGAAGUGCAUCAGUCUCUUUGAAAGGGCCGAACAUCAGUCCCAGUCCUCCUCUAUAUCUUCAGAUGCAGCUGUUCUUGUUCCUUCAGUACUCUUACAGUCAUCUUAUUAGUGUGUUUACAUUUGGUUUAAUGAAUGUAUUCCUUAUUAACCAUUCAGAGAUUUGACGAAAAAGGAACAAAAGAGAUGUUUGUACAUUUAUUCACCAUUGAUUAUGUAUAGACGUCUAAUAUAUGUGUAUGUAUAAUCAAUGCAUAUGUUGGGUUAUGGACUUAAGUCCAAACAAGCUUAUUUGAGGAAACUAAAGUCUGAUAGGUAGAUCUUUUUUUAAUUCUUCUAUUGAAGAAUAUCAUUUAAAGUUGAGAUUCAGCUUUAUAAUAAAGCAACAAUUGUUAUAUAACCUGCAUAUAAAAUGUUUUUUUUUUUUGUUUUUUUUUUGUGCAU